AUGUUCAGCCUGAAUUUAGGUGAGUCGCUCCCUUCCAUUAAAAGCAUUUUCCUAUUUUUAAACAAAACUCGUACUUUUCCAAGGCCUCUCUAUUUGAGCGUUUAAGGCAGUUCUGUAACAGUUUUCUCAUACGACCGUCUCGACUCCAAUGACGUGUUCUGAGGACACAGUACUGUCUCAAAACUGCAUUAUUUCAUUCGAAUCCGUCUUAACACUUCUAUCGGGAAGUUUUGUUGCAAGUAGUGCUGAAGUGUUUCAUUAUCUCUUCCUGUCAGCCAGCAUAAAUAAAUAAGUAUAUAAAUUCCCUUCAGCAUCAGUGGUGUUAAGACUGCAUUUAUAUUGAUUGUCUCAACUUCUUUUCCGUUCUAAAUUAUUGGAGACGUAAGGCGGCAGUAAGAGUCGACUCCUUCCUCAGGUGUUUGAUCCGCAACGUUUAACGUCUGGUAUGUUGUCAAAAGCCCCAGGCCAAGUAGGGUUGCUAUCGAGCUAUAAUGUCGCACAAAUCAGGUUUCUCUCAGGUCGUUGUAACAAGCACUUCCGUCCGCAUUGUCCUAUUUGCGGGAUUUCCGCCGUUGGUAUGGUGAGUAUUUGAAGACUCCGAGAUUUUGCGCGGAUUGUGUGGAUUUUCUAAUAGUUUUUUUUCUUAUUUCGACCGUUCCAGGUCUCGGUGACUGUUUAUCUUGUUUCGUAUGCAACUCCUCCGACAAUAGUGGCUGCUUGGACAAGAAUUUCAAGGAAUACAGCCAGUCGACUCUGACACCACAACUAUGCAUGGUUGAGAAUGCUCGAUUUUGCAUUAAGACCACCGCACUUUAUGGAGGUAUGUCGCUGGUCACAUCCUGCAGCUUACUGUUUGCUUUCUAUUAAGCAAUUAUGGGCACCACUCGGUUCUGUAGUGCGAUGGAUAUGGGCAGCCAAUGCCAGUACACUUCCUUUCCCGACCAUGAUCGCAUUUACCGGGCUUGCAUCUUCACCUGUGGUACUGACGCCUGCAACUCGGCGUAUGCCUUCCUCAGCAAGUCUUCCGGUCCCUUCGCAAAUACUGUUCUCCUCAACGCUUUUUUAAUUUACUGUGUAUACGAACUCUUUUCUUUUUAA